AUGAUGAGCAGCAGUAAACGUAAAUAUUUCGCUAUAAAAGAUGAUUUAUCAUCAUCAUCAUCAUUAUCAACAAAAAAACGUUUAUUACAACUUGUACCAUACAAAAUAAAAUCAACAUUUAUUUCUCAAUCGAAUAUUUGUUAUCUUAAUCAAUUACCAGUUGAAAUGCGUGAUUUAAUUUUCUUAAAAUUAUCUCCAUAUGAUCUUCAUCAAUUAGCUUGUACGAGUAAUGAAUAUUUUUCUAUUAUUUUAAAUUUUCUUCGAUCAUCAAUGGGUACUCGUUAUAUUAAAACUGUAUUAGAAAUAUCACCGAAUCAACGACGAUCAGGAGCUUGGGAAAGACUCGGUCGAUUGUAUGGAUUAAUGACAAGUCUAGUACCAGUUGCGCGUCGUAUUCAAAUUAUUAAAGAAUUACUUUUUACAAAGCUAAAUCUAACGAGUGAUGGUUCAAAUACUGAAGAUUUAUGUCAUAUUGGUCGAUUUUUUGGUGAAGCAACAAAACAUUGGUCUGAACGAGAAAUUUCGUGGGCAUUUUCUCAAUUCGAUUCUUAUUUACAAUUAAAGAAAAAGAUUGAUCGAUUUUAUUCAUGUGAACAUGUUGGAAUUGAAACACGACUUGAACAAACAAUUCGUUCUUGUUUUCGUUUGGUUUAUUUUGAUUUUAUUCGACUUCAUGCACAUCGUGGUUGUUUAUUAAAUGUUAUUCUUUAUAAACAACCUAUUUGGUUUCAAGCUCGACUUAUUUAUUUAUUAUUUGGACCAGUAUCAUCAGAUAAAAUUGAUUGGGAAAAAUUUUCUCGUGAUCGAACAAAUUUUUUUAUUCAUCCAAAUGUUGAUGAAGAACAAGCAUAUUUUGAUUUAAGUCGAGCUUUUAAUGUACUUAAUCGAUCAGUACAUGCUCAAAAAGCAUGGAAUAGUAAUAGUAAAUUAGCUUUAUUAAAUGAACUUAUUGCACAACCAAUUCCAUGGAAAUCCGAAUAUGUUGCUGAAUUAUUAUUUUAUUGUGGUAGAGAAUUAUUAACUAAUGUAUUGAUUGCUUUUGCUAUGAAAAAUUAUCAUAAAGAAUAUGCUCAAUUAAUUCAUUCCUUAUGUAUUGUUGCUCGUCAACGUAAGUCAUAUUAUGAAAUUAUUCAAUUAGCUAUUGAAGAUUCAUUUGAACGUUGUACACUUAUUGCUCAAAGAAAUUCAAUAGUUAUUCAUUUGCAAAAUGCAUUUCGUUGUGUAACAAGAAAUGUUAUUGCUGUACUUGCUUCAUCAACAAUAACAAUUACAGAUCAAUUACAUUAUUUACAACAACUUGAAGCAUUAGAUGCACAAAAAGCAUCAUUGAUUUCAUAUCUUUUAACAAAUCAAUUCGAUCAAAUCGAAUAA